UGUGUGUAACUUUUGAGGACCCACACAUGUGUGUAAUGCAAAUUUCUCUCCAUAGAUCUGGGCCAGCGACGUGUGUCUGGUGAGGUUAACAUUUAGUUCAGAUGUUGUAAUGUCUUCACUAAAUGUCUCAACCUCUACUUCAUACAUAAAUAUAACUCCUGAAAUACACCCCGUGUCUUUAAAGUCACGUCUCCAGCAUUUUGUUUGAUCAUCACCUGCUCUGUAGCACAGCAGUCGCUGAAUUGCUUCAGAAACAAGGCCCAUGGACUGCAUUGAGUCUUUUCAUUGAAGAGUAAUUAGAUUCCCUUAGUUCCUGCUUGACUGUACUCUGCACUUUACUCUGUUAACAAGUUUCCCGUAAAUACAGACUCAGCACACUUUGAAGCAAUGGAGUAAAAGACGCUUUUGAAACACACCACACCGCCUCUGAUGGAAGUUUCACUGCUGCAGCUGUGUUUUGCCUGUCAGCACUGAGGUGUGAUGCAGCCCCUCCGAAACUCUUCAGUCUGAGAGUCGAACACCAGCCAAGCAGCAUGGAGAUCACAGCUCUGUGCACAAUUAUGGCCACUUUGAGUAUCUUUCCCAACAGAUCUCAGUUCUUCACGUACGAGCCUGUUACACUGAGCUGUGGAGAGCUUAAAAACUCUUCUGAUUGGACAAUAAAGAGAAACACGUCAACAAAAACAAAUGAAGAGUGUCCCAAACACUGGGGUACAAAAAAUGAAUCAAACUGCUUCCUUCAAGAUGCUUACCCAGGAGACAGUGGGUUGUACUGGUGUGACUCUGGAGCUGGAGCCUGCAGUGAAGCUGUCAACAUCACUGUGACCGGAGGCUCUGUGAUCCUGGAGAGUCCGGUCCAUCCUCUGCAGGAAGGCGAUGCUGCGACUCUGCGCUGCAUGAAUAAGCAGAGAUCUUUUAUCAACCUCACAGCUGAAUUUUAUAAAGAUGGCCUCCUCAUCAGGAACAGCUCUACAGGAAUCAUGACCAUGCUCAAAGUUUCAAAGUCUGAUGAAGGUUUCUACAAGUGUACCAUCUCUGGUAGCGGAGAAUCACCGGACAGCUGGCUGUCUGUCACAGCUGGGCGACCCAAAUCUUUUCACUCCCCUCCUAUGUAUGUUGUGCUUCCUGUGGUGGGUGUCUGCCUCUCGCUGGCUGUGGUGUUGGUUGUGCUGGUGCUGCUGUUCUGCCUCUGGAGGAACCACAAAGGUGAAACUGACCCUGAUGUUUCCUACACUGAUGUCACCAUCGUACCGGAAGUGCAGCCAAAGAGUGACAAAGCAGAAACAGAUUCUGAAGCAACUUUCUACUCAACAAUCAAACCAGCAGCCAGCUGAGCGGAGACAUCAGAGUCUGUGCUGGGAUCUAUUUUUGUUUUGUCUUCAUGUAUAAAAACUGUAAAUGUAAACUGAGCCGAGUCCUGCUGCAGCUAAAGACCCGCUUGUUUUGCAUGCACUGCUGUAAAAUCAUAGACUUUUGUUCUUAAACUAUUUAUUGUUUAUUGUACUUGUCAUUUUUUUGCCUGUGAUUUUUUUUUAUUUAAUUUUUUAUAUAACUCGUGAAUAACAAACACUUCCAGCUUGGUAGUUGAAGAAGUGGAUGACAGAGUGCUCAGUUUCUGUUUUUCAGCAGUGUACUGAGUAACCUGUUCUACCGCUAUGAAUGAAGCUUGGAAAAUAGAAAACUGGAAAAUGUACUCCAGAAUUACCCGACUGAGCCAGUCCCUUGCAAUUUCUCAUUACAGUUUCUGCUUUCAUGUGUACAAGUGAAACUUCCUUAAUAUGUUUAUUAUGUGUGGAUCUGUUUAUAGAAACUGAGCAGACAGGGACUUCCCACUAAUUUACUAAUGAUUAGCUCACUUCCUGUUUGAUCUUUGCCUCUCCUUCUUCCCACUGUAUCUGAUUUCAUUCAGAUACUCAGAGCUCAUCAACAGAUCCUGUCAGGCUGUAAUUUUAAUCAGGUUUUUAAAAAUGUGGUUUUCAUUUAAUCAUUGUUUCAACUGCAUUUAAAACUCUUCUUCAGUUUUACCAUCUAUAUCUUCAAAUCACUGAAUUUAUGCUUUGUACUUUCCCCCAAACACUGACUCAUCCACUUGUUUGGCUCAGGCUUUUCCAUGUGAGAGGAAACUCAAUCCACGUGUCUUAGAAAUAUCUUGUCAUCAUACUAAUGAAAGCAAGUCAUGACAAAGCUGUUUUUUCUAUUUUUUUGUUGUUGUUUUUUCAGGUGCCAAGUUUCUGUCAUUUUGUUAUUUAACAGUGAGUGUGUCACAUGCUAGUCAGGUGAAUGUAAACUAUUGUCUUGUACUUUUCCAGCUCUCCAAGAAAAUGAAUUAUUAUUUUAAUCAUAAAGUUGUUUAAUAUUUAAUUUAAAAGAUCAAAUUUGUGGUCUAAAUAAAUAAAAUAUAUAAAUAUCGUGCUUCUUUUUAAAUUGAGUGAUCUGUCAGUACAAAGGACCACUUCACUGAAUGAAAGAGCAAACACACAGUAACAAAGUAUUUUAUUCUAUUUGCACAGUAUUUUAUUGUAAUUGUAUAGUACUUAUUCUAUUGUAUUCCAGUGGCUGGUAUUCUUUCUAUUUUUGUAUGUUAUUCUGUUUAUCUUAUUCUAUUCUAUUGUGUUUCUCUCCUAAUUUUUACAGCUCUUGUACUUUCUGCCAUGACCAAGAAUUACCCACAUGUGGGUCUAAUAAAGG